AUGGCAACCCAUAUUGCCCCCUUGGCCAGCCAGGCCAACAACACAAUUCCCUCAGCAUUCGCCGUAUACAACACCAGCUUCCUAAACAUACUCGGCCCAACCCCUAAACUAGACCUCCUCGUGGAAAACAAUGAUUACCCCUUUGCCCACGAAGCAAGCGUCUACAUCCCAACCACAGACGAGCUCUUCAUGUCCAGCAACAUCUUCACAGACCCAAUAACAAACGAGAAAACAAUCAAGGUUUCAAAGGUCAGCCUGAGCAAGCACCCGCUCACCGCCGAGAUCGUCAACACCACUGUGCCCAUGCCAAACGGCGGCGUCAACUACAACAACGGCAUCCUCUGGGAUGCCCAAGGUGGUUUGAAUGAUACCGGCGGUCUGGUCCAGAUGUCUGUUACGCCGCCAUACAAGACAGAGUUGGUUCUGGCCACCUUUUACGGACGCCAGUUUAAUUCGGUGAAUGAUGUUGUCGUGCAUGAUGAUGGUUCUAUAUGGUUUACGGAUCCUAUUUAUGGAUCUGUUCAGGGGAUUCGGCCUAAGCCGCAGUUGCCGAAUCAGGUUUAUCGAUUUGAUCCUGUUACGAGGGAUGUGCGUGUUGUUGCUGAUGGCUUUGGUCGGCCUAAUGGGAUUAGUUUCUCGCCUGAUCAGAAGGUUCUUUAUAUCACUGAUACAGCGGAGACUAUUGGUGAUGGGUCCAAGGAUAAUACCUUGCCUGCUACUAUCUAUGCCUUUGAUGUGACUACCUCUCACGGCCAGCCAUUCUUGACUAACCGCCGUGUCUUUGCUAUGGCCGGUGUUGGUAUUCCUGAUGGUAUCAAGGUCGACACUGAGGGCAAUGUGUAUGCCGGAUGUGGCGAUGGUGUCAACGUGUGGUCGCCCGGGGGUGUUCUCCUCGGCAAGAUUCUUGUCAAGAAUGGCACUUCUAACUUUUCGUUUGGUCGUAACGGACGCAUGUUCAUUCUCAACGAGAACAAGCUUUACUCGGCGCAGCUGAACAGUAAGAUUCAGGGUACCCUUUUUAAAGCGUGA